AUGACAUCUACAACGUCGACGACCCAAGACAUACCAGCCAUGUUGGCAAACAUGUCCGCUGCUUCGCUAUUUGUUGGGGAGCUUCUGCCACAUGUGAAUGAGGUGAUUCUGUACAAGAAGUUUGCUCCCCUGGGCACGGUAACAUCGGUGAAGCUGUGCCGAGACUGGGUGACUGGCAAAUCUCUGUGUUACGCCUACGUCAACUUCGAAAACCCAGCAGAAGCCGAGAAGGCGUACCGAUCCCUGAACUACGAGCUGUUGGAGGGACAUCCCAUGCGGAUCAUGAAGUCCACAAGGAACCCGUGGCUACAGAAGGACGGCGACUGCGGCUGCUACCAUCAUCAUUGCUGCGGUAGUGGCACUAAAGGGUUUAUUGACGCCAAAACGUUUGUUGAGGCCAUUGAGAACUAUAGCGCCGCGUUCAAGAAUUUGGCUAUUCAAGAUUGCGGAGAGGUCAAAGCGCCGACAGGUUACAAAUAUUCCAGCGAGUUCCUGAAGCGCAUGAAUAUCGCCAACAACCGCUUUACCAACGUGUUCAUAAAGAACUUCAAGGACCUGUUGGAUGAUUUCAAGCUAUGGAAACUGUGCAAACAGUUUGGGGAAGUCACCAGUGCUAAGGUCAUGGUCGAUGAAUAUGGUAUAUCUAAGGGGUUUGGGUUCGCUUGCUUCACAGACUGUGAUGCAGCACAACGUGCCGUGAACAAGCUCAACGGCCUGGUCUUAGACGGACGUACGCUCUACGCAGGCCCAGCCAUCACAAGGACACAACGACAGAGAGACAGCAAUGUCAGAUAUGACAACGACGACCAUAAAACGGAAUGGCGCCACAACAGUCUUAACAAUACCAUCUCCCCCAGAAUCCGUAUUCGAAACCUCAGGGACAUUGUCGACGAAGUGAGGCUUAGAAAGGAAUUUGAACGGUUUGGCCCGGUUAUCCAAACCGAGUUACUAAAAACUUUCGACGGAAGGUCAAAGGGCACUGGUUAUGUCGUCUAUCAGGACCAACAGGAUGCAACAAAGGCUGUGAUUUCAAUGCACGGGAAAGUGAUCUACGGCACCCGUAUCAGUGUCACCUAUGCUCCCUUCAACACCACCCCGACGGCCACCAACAGCGCCCCGGACAAAUCCCCGACCCCCGCCACUAACGACAACACCACCAGCGGCUUUGGCGGUGGCAACAACAACAGCAGCAGCACCACCAACAACGACGGCGACAACAACGGCAAUCCCAACUUCCUACAGUUUAAAGACUUGGUCAGCACGCUCGCCAACAAGGGACACCCGGUGAACAUCAAUGACAUCAGUAGUUUCAACAGCAACAGUGUCAACCGUAACUCAAGCAACAACACGGAGAACAUCAACAUCAGCAACAACGCCAUCUUGGCGAGGUCGACGCGCAAAGCGGCGGACCAGACGGAGGCAACAGAGAACGGUGACGUGGAAAACGGCGGCAGCGACUUGAAGCAGGCGGAGGAGGACAGCGGCGACGACACGACAAGCACCACGGCCACGCUGUCUGUGAAGAACCUGGACGAGUCUAUCAGUGAUGAGAAGCUGGAGAGCCUGUUUGGUGUGUAUGGGCAUGUCCUUUCGGCAAAGGUGAUCUCCAACGAGUUUGGCGUUUCCAAAGGCUUUGGCUUUGUGAUCAUGACAGACGCCCAGGAUGCAGUUAGGGCAAUCAAGAAUCUGGACGGGCGCAUCGUAGUCAACCGACCGAUAUAUGUGGCGCCGACAGUACACGCAAGACUUGUGACGAAGAUGUAA